AGUUCAGGGACAAUUCGGAUAAGUUUCCAUAAAACAAUUUUACAUUUAUUUAGCAGAGAAGUCGUGCAAGAAAUUCGUUUGACAUUGUCAAGAAGUAAUUUCAGUUAAUAGUUUGGUUCGUAAUAUAUAAGGGUUACGUUUUAGCUUUAUUUAAGUGAACUGGUCUGUACUGAAAGUUUCAAAAUGCUGAAAAUGAUCAUUUAUUUUUUAGUGGCUGUAGGACUGACUGCAUACACUACAUCCACUGUGACGGAAAGAACCAAAUACACAACCAAAUACGACAACAUAGAUUUAGAUGAAAUCAUUCACAAUGAAAGGCUUUUGAAGAAUUACGUGGACUGCCUACUUGAAAAAGGAAGAUGUACCCCAGAUGGACUAGAACUUAAAAAGAAUAUGCCUGAUGCUAUAGAAACGGACUGCAGCAAAUGUAGUGAGAAACAAAAGGAAGGGUCUGAAAUAAUUAUCAGAUAUCUAAUCGACAACAAGCCUGAAUAUUGGAGUCCUUUACAGGAAAAGUACGAUCCUACAGGAAGCUAUAAGAAGCGCUAUUUGGAUGCGAAGAAGACCGAGGUCAAUGUUGAACCUAUUGUUAAAUCGUAAUUGAAUUGUUAAAUAGAACUUAAUGUAUAUUGUCAUUUCAAGUAAUAUCAGUCAAAAUAAAUUUCAAAAGAUGUACCUAUGUACGUCAGAAAUA